GUGAAGAAAUCUUGAAGACCAGAAUUGGAUAUUAUUCAAUUUUUUGUUUUUGUUUUUUUAAAAAAAAAAAAAUAAAUUGUCCGGCUGUGGAAGAUGGAUCUUUUUUGUAGCCCUUUGAAUUUCAAGUUCAUCUUUAAAUGAACUAUUUUUUUUUUUUGGAAGAGAUAACUAACCCUGGCUGUCUCCAGUCUGACAGAGGUUAUUCGAAUGGACUUAUUCUUCCAAUAGUUGGGAGAUGUUUAAAAAGCACAGUCUGUGUUUCAAUUGUGGCUGAGAGGUGUUUCCUUGGCAAUGUGAGGAGGAAAAUUCUUUCUGCCCCUUUAUUAUUAAUUCAUGGAUUGAGUGUUGGUUCGACCUACAGGAGUAAUAAAUUGGAAUUCAUUGAAGACAGACGAUACUGUUGAGGUCACCCAGCUAAUGUAACAUUUUAAAGAAGAUUUCAGUGGUUGAAUUGCCUGUGGAAGAUUGAGCCCAUUUGAGAAAAUUGGAACCUGGUUCUCAUCUAGAGUAGUGGCUUGUUUUCAAGCCCCAUCAUUUGAUCGAAGGAUCUAGCCAGCAUGUCUAAUCAAGGAGAAGACUGCUACUUUUUUUUCUAUUCUACAUGUACUAAGGGAGAUAGUUGCCCAUUCCGGCACUGUGAAGCUGCCUUAGGAAAUGAGACUGUCUGCACAUUGUGGCAGGAAGGGCGCUGUUUUCGACAAGUCUGCAGGUUCCGACAUAUGGAAAUUGAUAAAAAGCGGAGUGAGAUUCCAUGCUAUUGGGAAAACCAGCCAAUGGGAUGUCAAAAAUUAAAUUGUGCAUUUCAUCACAACAGGGGACGCUAUGUUGAAGGCCUUUUCCUACCUCCAAGCAAAACUAUUUUACCCAUUGUGCCUGAGUCACCAGAUGAAGAGGUGAAAGCUAAUCAGCUCUCAAUGCAGCAGAACAAACUAUCAGUCCAGUCUAACCCCUCCCCCCAGCUUAGAGGUGUAAUGAAAGUGGAAAGUUCAGAAAAUGUUCCCAGUCCCACACAUCCUCCAGUUGUAAUCAAUGCUGCAGAUGAUGAUGAAGAUGAUGAUGAUCAGUUUUCUGAAGAAGGAGAUGAAACUAAAACACCUAUUUUGCAACCAGCUCCUGAAGUCCAUAAUGGAUUGCGCAUAACUGGUGCUCGGAAACCUGGGGUCAGCUUAAAGCAAGGUGAUAGUUUGAAUUUUGGAAUAAAAACUCUUGAGGAAAUCAAGUCAAAGAAAAUGAAGGAAAAAUCUAAGAAGCAAGGAGAAGGGCCUUCAGGAGCAUCUGCUCACUUACUUCAACCACAGCCCAUUCCAGGUCCUGAGAAAGAGAAUGUCAGAACUGUGGUGAGGACAGUGACCCUGUCCAACAAACAAGGAGAAGAGCCCUUGGUGCGACUGAGUCUUACAGAAAGGCUAGGGAAGCGGAAGCUCUCAGGUGUUGACAGUGACCCUCCACUGAAGCGAAGCCUUGCUCAAAGGCUUGGGAAGAAAAUUGAGUCUCCAGAAAUGAAUACUGACAAAACACCAAAGAAAGUUCAAGUUUCUAAGUCUCUGAAGGAGAGAUUAGGAAUGCCAGCUGAUCUAAAUAGUAUGGAGACAACAGAAAGAUCUGCAAAAGGUGGAGAGAUCCAUGUGAAGACACUAGAAGAAAUACGUCUUGAGAGAGCCAGCCAGAAACGAGGAGACUUGCAGACCAAAAUCAAGAAUGAAGGAACCCAUAAGACUGAAGAUUCCAGUUUAGGGAUAAGGAGCUCUUCUGCUAUUCGAAUCAAAACAUUUUCUGAGGUCCUAGCUGAAAAAAAACACCGGCAGCAGGAAGAAGAGAGACAGAAAGCUGAGAAGGAAAAUCCUUCUGUUAAGCUCAGAAUAGAGAGUGAGUCUAAGAAAGCAAUCAUCUUGCCUCCUACCACUGCCAGCAAAGGGCAAUUAGAAGAGCCUGCAAGUAAAACCAAGCCCAUGCAGGAAGUUCACAUAAAAACCCUGGAGGAGAUCAAGCAAGAAAAGGCACUGAGGGUACAACAGAGUGCUGAGAACAGCACCAACUCCCAGCCACAGCCUGAGACUACUCCAGUGAUAAGACGACUGCUUCGUAUCACCAAAAGAACAGGCACAAAAGAAGAGAAGAAACUUAGUGAAGCAGCUGACAACACAUCUCGUAUUGGUGUUACUCGAACAGAGACUGUUGAGGUUUCCUCACAGCCUUCAGAUGAGACCACAGGAGAUGGCAUUUCCAAAGUUCAAGUCAAGAAAUUUGAGGAUAUCAUGAGAGAGAAGCGCAUGCAGAAACAGCAAGAGGUGGAAACACUACAAAAGGAGAAAAACGUUUUGACACCCCUUCAGGAAGAAGCAGCACCUAGUAAUACACAAAUGGCAGAGAAAUCAGAACUGAAUACUGUGCCAGGAAUCACCCGCCAGCUGACAAAGCGCAUGCCAGUAAAAGCCCAGCAAGUAGAGGUAGAAACUUCAGGAAUUGGGGAUUCAAUACUGAAUGUGAAAUGUGCAGCACAGCCCUUAGAAAAAAGGGGUAAAGCCAAGCCCAAGGUUAAUGUCAAGCCAUCUGUGGUUAAAGUCAUUUCAACCCCUAAAUUGGCCACCAAACGCAAGGCAGCUGAAGUCCACCCUGCUGUCAUUGCAGCUGUAAAGCCGCUCAGUUCCAGCAGCAUUCUUCAGGAAAACCCAAGCAAGAAAGCCGCUGUGGCUGCUGUUCCAGUUCUCUCUGAGGACAAGCCAGUCACUGUGUCUGAGACAGAAAAAACCCCAAAUAGUCUUGAUCUGCUUCCAAGCCAAGCUGAUUCUGAUCCAUCACCACCCGAAGUAUCUAGUCCUUCUUCAUCCCAAGUGGCAACAAAAAGCCGCCGGCUCAGCUCUGCCUCUUCAGGAAAGCCCCCCCUUUCUGUGGAAGAUGAUUUUGAGAAACUGAUCUGGGAGAUCUCAGGAGGAAAAUUAGAAGCAGAAAUUGACCUGGAUCCUGGAAAGGAUGAAGAUGACCUUCUACUUGAGCUUUCAGAAAUGAUUGAUAGCUGAAAGUGGUGAAAGCUCACUUUAAAAAAAAACUCACAAAAAAACUGAAUUUCGUUUCAUCUAUUAUAACAUUUGCCUGAGGUGACUAUUUCUCUAGGCCAGGAUUUGUCCCAAUCAGAAGCAUACCUCAGAAGUAUCUAUACUUGUUUGGGCCUCCUGUGGGUCAAAUUAAAGAGAAGGCCUUUGGGCAGCCAUCCUGUCUAUUAUUGUUUAGCUUUGAGAUACAGUUCCUUGUCUCACCCUCCACCCCACCCCACCCCCGUCCCUUCCUUCUCCCACUUUAAAAAAAAAAAAAAAAGAGAAAGUAGAGAUGAGAUUGGGUUGGGGAGGGGGGCAUAAAGGAGCUUAAAGCUUUAAGGUCUAUGUUUGUUAAUUCUGGCUUUUUUCUUUGGGUCUUCUUUGUUGUGUGUAUAAACGGAUACAUGAAAGGUUAUUGGAGUUUGAAAAAGAUGAAGACAGCUGCUACUACUCUUAAGGACCAAAUUUCAUGCUGCCACUGAGCAAAAUACACUCAGCCUUUGUUACAUUGUCUGUCCUUUUACAAUGUAUUUAAACUGUAAACAUAGCUUUAGAGAGGGCUAAGCAGCUACAGGGAGCAAACCAGAAUAACAUGGACAAUUCUUAUAGGUCCGAGUUUUGGUGCUUCUGCUACUCUGAAGGCUUCUAACUAGCAAAUGCUUAUUUAUUACUACUGUAAUUUUAAAAGAAUUUUUAUUUUUUGCUUGAAAGUGCCUCGGUGGUCCCAAGAACUACUGUUGCUAGGAUCCCCUGGUUUCUUCACAAGAAGUGACAUGAUUAGAAGAACCCUCUUCUCAGCAUGAAAGUUUUUCUCCCUCCCUCUAACAGUUUCCCCACCACCACUGGCAUAGAAUCACCAGAAGUUGUGUGAAGGGUUAUGCUUUUUUGUUUUUUAAAUCUGUACUGCUGCAGUUCCAGCAAACUCUCUUGCCCAGGAUUUCUCUACCCUUAACCACCUAGAAAGGAAGCCAAAUCAGCUGCUGAUUUUCAUAUGUGAACUAUAGCAAUACACUGAACCCCGCUGUAACAGGGAUGUUGAGAUGCUUUGGAGGUGUAUUGUGUACCUUCCAUUUUUGUAGAUGAUUUUUCCUACUAUUUCUGAAUUGAUUUUUUUUCUUGAUGUCCUCUCUGCAUCCCCUCAAGGAUUUUAGACUUGUGCUAGAAUAAGCCUAUUCAGGCUUGUGUUCUCAGAAGGAGAUAUAUUGCAUUGUAAAUAUUUGUGUUCAUAUGGUAUUUUGAAGAAAGGAAAAAAAAAACUUGUCCAUUUUUAUAAUUCAUUGUAGGUGGUUAUCUUGGUUCCCAUAGGGAAAAUUGACCCACCUAUCAUAUUGGCUCCUAAGGAACUGCUGUUGUAGGCGGCUCAUCAAAAGGAGAACUUCAUGUAAUCUCAUGGGAGGGUGGAGAAUGCCACAGGACUACCAAUUUGGCCUUGUUGAGGUCUGAAUGGUUAUGCACAAACAAGAGAAAUUUAUAUAUUUAAAACACAAUCCCCACCCCUUCCUCUGCAAUUGAAAGUAUUUGUUGUAUGAGGACCCCUCCCCAAGGCCAAGAAUGGAAUGUUCUGGCUUCAUUACCGCCUCCUCCCUCUUAUGCAUUUCAUUUCUGAGGUCUGCAUAGAGAUCUCUGAUCCCUUUUGUAAAUAACCAUUUUAUUCUUUUCAUUUUUUAUGAUUUUGUUUGUAUCCUAUUUAAAGCACUUGUAUUAUUAAUCUGCGUCUGAAUCAUUCAUGUUCAGCAUCAUUUGAACCAUUAGUCAUUACGGAGAAAAAUAUAUUUGUGUUUUAAAUAAAACUGGUGUAGGAAA